GUAUCAGUGAUGGAGGGAGAUUCUGUUACUCUACACACUGAUAUUACUGACAUACAGAGUCAGGAUCACAUACUGUGGGUGUUUGGACCUCAAGAGGCUCGUAUAGCUGAAAUCUAUAAAAAAAGUACUGAUAUGUUUGAUAGUAACAAGACAUUUGGAGAGAGACUUUUAAUGAACAAUCAAACUGGAUCUCUCACUAUCAGAAAUAUCAGAACUGAGCACACUGGACUUUAUAAACUACAGAUCCACAGUUACAGAGGAAAUUCAAACAAGAGAUUUGGAGUUACUGUAUAUGGUUCUCUACCCAUUCCUGUCAUCAUCAGUAACUCUUCAAACUGUUCUUCAUCAUCAUCAAGCUCAAAAUGUGUGUUGUUGUGUUCAGUGAUGAAUGUGAGAGAUGUGAGUCUGUCCUGGUACAAAGGAAACAGUUUAUUGUCCAGCAUCAGUGUGUCUGAUCUCAACAUCAGACUCUCUCUAUAUCUGGAGGUUGAAUAUCAGGAUACAAACACAUACAGAUGUGUACUCAACAAUAUCAUCACAAACCAAACUCUACACCUCAACAUCAAUGAUGUCUGUCAGACGUGUUCAAAGGGUAUGCAAGUCAAUGUCAUUUAUUAA